UAGAAGGAUUUUAGUAUGUUUUGUUUCAACUGCAUUGCUGUCUCUACCACAGUGCCAGACGGAAGCAAAAAAUGCACUCCUGAAAGUUUUGUUUCUCUUUCAAAUUGUCAGGCUCCAGGAGGCCACGAGCUGAACUGUGACUACUGGGAGCUUAUUGGUCUGGCCCCAGCAGGAGGGGCUGACAAUCUCCUCAAUGAGGAUUCAGAGGUUGAUGUGCAGCUUAACAACAGACAUAUGAUGAUUCGAGGCGAGAAUAUGUCCAAAAUCUUCAAGGUGCGCUCCAUGGUGGUACAGGCCUUCAGGGAUCAUUUCUUUGCCAAUGGAUAUUAUGAAGUCACACCACCAACGUUAGUCCAGACACAGGUGGAAGGAGGUUCAACUCUGUUCAAGCUGGAUUAUUUUGGUGAAGAGGCCUACUUAACACAGUCAUCCCAGCUCUACCUGGAGACCUGCAUUCCAGCACUAGGAGACGUCUUCUGUAUUGCUCAGUCCUACAGAGCUGAGCAAUCCAGGACACGCAGACACUUGGCAGAAUAUACUCAUAUUGAAGCUGAAUGCCCUUUUAUAAGUUUUGAAGACUUGCUGAACCGUUUGGAGAGCUUAGUUUGUGAUGUAGUUGACAGAGUCUUGACAUCACCUGCAUCAGGCUUAUUGCUUGACCUCAACCCGAACUUCAAGCCCCCAAAACGUCCUUUCCGACGAAUGAACUAUGCUGAGGCAAUUGAGUGGCUAAAGGAACAUGAUGUGAAAAAGGAUGAUGGUACCUACUAUGAGUUUGGGGAAGAUAUUCCUGAAGCUCCUGAGAGAUUCAUGACAGACACCAUCAAUGAGCCAAUUUUGCUGUGCCGAUUUCCUGCAGAGAUCAAGUCCUUCUACAUGCAGCGCUGUCACGAUGAUUCCCGGCUUACAGAAUCUGUUGAUGUGUUGAUGCCUAAUGUUGGUGAAAUUGUUGGAGGCUCUAUGCGUAUCUGGGACAGUGAGGAGCUACUGGAGGGCUACAAGAGAGAAGGCAUUGAUCCCACGCCAUAUUACUGGUACACUGAUCAGAGAAAAUACGGUACGUGUCCUCAUGGUGGGUAUGGUUUGGGAUUGGAGCGAUUCCUGACCUGGAUUCUGGAUAGGCACCACAUCCGAGAUGUCUGUCUGUACCCUCGCUUUGUCCAGCGCUGCAAACCAUAGCCAUCCUGAUGAUAAACUCCUAAGAAAUCAAGGAACUGAUGCUUGGGAAUGAAUGAUAAGCUCUGCUUAACCUGUCUGAGAACAAGACUUUUGGCACCCUGUUGUUCAUACAUUCACUAAAUUGGCGUGUGAAAAGUAAAACUUAAACUUUUUUUUUUUUUGAAGUAAAAUGCUACUGAUUAACUGGAAGAAGGCCUAGAAAAAAAGAAUGUUAGAUGCAUUUGUCAACAUAAAAACAAAUCUUGGUAAGGUGGCGUUUAAAAAACAAGAUACGCUUCUGCUUUUAAUUUCUGUGCUUUAUUUAAAAAAAGAAACACACAGGGCAUCUAAUUGUUUUUAGACUUUUCUUUUCUCUUGUCUUUUCUUAUUGGAGAAACUGGGGAUUCAAGCUUUUCAAAUUCCUAAAUCCUGACCUCUGAGAAUGAUUUGAAGAUAUUUCUAAAUAGAUUAAUGAAGUGUUUUAAAAAAAAAAAGAAAAAAGGGGGAUAAUUAAGUGGUGUAUUUGUUUUAUUAUCUCUUAAUGCUUUUAAUGGAAAUUCUGUUUGAGAUUGUUCGGUUGCAAAGUAUGUAGUACUGAGCACUAAAUUCCACUGCAAAAGGCUUCUGUUCUUUCCAAACUGUGUAUUGGUUAGAAAUGAUAAGACUCGCUGUGAGGUUUGCUUUCCUACCUUUCCUGAUUCCUGUGGACGGAGUGCUGCGGUGGGACCACAUGCACCCAACGUGGGCUGAGUUACAGGAGGAGAGGACAUGUUCUUGGAGAGCUGUCCACGGACAGUCGGACAGUGCCUUUGAAAUUAAGGUUAUUUCACCCAUCAAACAAGAAACUGGUAACUUUGAAAUGUAAUUGGAUUUCAGCAUUGUGCACUGUUACUGUCCUCUCCUGAUCACUGUAAUUCAAGCACUGCUUUCUCACUUGAUGCUAGGGGAUGUUUUGAGUGUAGAACAGUUCUGUGUUUCCUUGCUAGCUCAGUUCACUCUUGUGCUACUGCAUCUUAGCAGAUUAUAGCUGUAACCAAGCUACCAAAUAGAAUUAAUUAAAUAUUUAAUGUAUUGAGUCAUCUGUACGCUUUUUAGCCAUGAAUAAUAUGAGUCCUUGUACUAGGGGAAAAAAAUCAGUAGGUGCAUCAUUGGCUAACUGCACCAAACUUUAUCUGGAUUUGCCAUUCAUGCUGAGCUAUGCGAUAUCCAUAUUUUUGUAAUAAAAGGCUUUUUCUUCAUCUUGCAUGCUAUUAUGUAAUCUGGUUUAAAUCAGCAACCAAUAAAUUAUGGCAGCACAAGUUGGUGUGCAGGACAGCA